AUUACAACGGAUCUCUUUAUUCUGUUGAUGAUUAACUUUCAAGAAAAGUAUAGUUGAUGGACCGCUUAAUAAUGCGGCGCGUUAUCAACAAAGUUAAUUUUAAACCGGAAGGUUGCUAAACCUUAUCAGUUUGCUGUAACGCUUUGUUAUUGCAUUAGAGGAUGAUAAACACAUUCACACACACACACAAAUUGAGGUACUAUUUAAGAGCUUGCAAACAAGCAUUAUCGUUAUUCGAAUUCAAUAUACUCCAAUAAGUAGUUCGCCGAACGUGUGAAAUCCACCACCAGUGUCUGUGCAGUGCAGUGAAAACAAAUAACAUGGAUUUGACAAAAAUUAACGAAACAUCAACACAUGCAGGCUUGAAGCCAGCAGUGAAGUUGCGGGAGCUACCUAUCAACGUGCCUCAUCUUAUACUGGGUGCUAAGAUAACAAAGGGGAAAUUCGGGGAGUCAGUGCUGCUAGAGUUGGAGAAAAACGUAGUGUUUCUGCCAGGCCGGGUGACGGAAGCAUUCAAGACCCAAAUCGACAAAUUUGAAGCAGCCAAGUACACCGUUACGUUUACUGGACUAGAAGAGGGAAAUUUCCAUCCAGCAACAAAAUUUUUAAUUAAGGAAGUUUAAUUUGUGUAUCAUAAAUGGAGUCGGUGUUUCAACCAAAACGCUUAUUUGACGCUGCUCUAGAAUGUGUUGCCGCUGUCAAUUGCAUUACUGGGUUAUUCACGGGUGAAUAUCAUGAACGUAUAUGUGAGUCAUCUGUAAUAUUGUUGAAAAAAAUUCUACCUACAAGUCUAUAUAAAAUAUCUAUUUAAAACUUUAGAAUAUACAGAAAAUUGGGAACGCGUUUUUGAUGAUUUAUUCCAUUAAAAUCAUACCUUUAUACCGUACUCCAUUUAUGAUAUAACUGCCCAUGUAUUGAAUCAAUGUACCUACUAUAUAGAUAAUUUUUAAUACAUGUGAAAUU